AUGUCUUGGUACCAUUCAACAUUACUUAGUGCUGAUCGACGACCAUCUCGUUUAAUUGCAAGUUGUAAACGAUUUUCUCGACGUUUAAGUACAGGAAUAUUUCGAGCUGUUCGUCGUAUUCAAGUAUCUGAAGCUCGUUUGGAUGCUCUUCUUGCAAAAAAUGUUCAACAUCCACGUUCAUUAGAAGAAAUUAUGAAAUGUACACGUUUUUCAAAAUCGGAAAUUCGUCUUUUAUAUCGAAGUUUUAAAGAAGAAUGUCCAGGUGGAAAUGUUAGUGAAGAACGUUUACGUGAAAUUUAUUUACAAUUUUUUCCUCAAGGAAAUCCUAUUAAAUAUGCACAUUUUCUCUUUACAAUUAUUGAUCGAAAUCAUAAAGGAACAUUUACAUUUGAUGAUUAUAUUUUAACAUUAUCUGUUCUAUGUCGUGGAACAAUUGAUGAAAAAUUACGAUGGAUAUUUCGUUUAUAUGAUAUUAAUGGUGAAGGAUUAUUAACACGAGAAAAUGUUACUGAAAUUAUUAUUUCAUUUUAUGAUCUUCUUGGUCCAUCAGUUCAUCCUCGUAUUGAUGAACAUGAAAUUCAUCAACAUGUUGAUGAAAUAUUUGAACGUAUUGAUCCGAUGCAAACUGAACAAAUAACAUUAGAAGAUUUUAUUGAUUAUUGUAAACGGCGACCUCAUUUGAUUGAAUCAAUUCAAGCAUUGUCAUCUUGUUUAUAA